UCUAUAACUCCUUCUUUCUUUCGCCAAGUUUUUUUUUCGAACGUGCAUUUGUCUCGCUUGGGACGAGGUGUGAAGGAACGCAGUCAAUUCAAGGUGGAUAAUACCGUUCCGUGACAGCACAGCAGGCGAAUUGGAGAUUGGAGUAUACCAGUAAACGGAGUAUUAUAGUCGGCCAUGUGGUCAUCGCGAUGAGUAAACGUGUGGCGCGCUGGAUCAUCGCGUAAUAUAGCGUAAUCGUAAACGGCGAUCAACAAUGAUCGCCACUUGAAUAGCGCGAUCGCGGCGACAGCUGUUGCGUAUGAUGCAUUGUUGCGCGGGUGUUUGCGAGGGACACGCGGCCGUCCACGUCCGUCGAUGAUGCUCGAUAGGCGGGACGCUUUUAGGCUAGAAUUGCAGCGCUCAGCGUAAAGCGUGUGAGAGAUCUCGCGAAAGAUGCCUAUUAAGUCGAACGAGGUCGCUCCUCAUGGAAUAAAGCGUACGAUGUCACAAGUUUCCGAAUACGAUGACGCUUUGGAAGUACCUGACUCAUUAGAAAUAACGGUUGACGAAAAUGGCGAGACGAUACAAGUUCGUAAGCAAGAGAGAGAAUACACGGAUAAUAGAGAAAUUCCUGGUGUAAUACCUUUCACUGUUAUACAUGACAAUUUGAUCCAGUUCAAAAGUCACAUUCGCAAUGUGUUUAUUCCUGGUGAGGAAGUGCACGUGAAAAUCAUAGAUAAUGAGCGUAGUGUGACCACACAUCCCUUGAAUCCGAAUCUGUACACUAUAGAAUUUAGACAUGGACCUUUUAUCUGGACCAUUAGAAAGCGAUACAAACACAUUCAAUAUUUGCAUAAUCAAUUGAAAAUGUAUCGUGCUAGUUUGAAAAUUCCUUUCCCUACCAAGAGCCACAGGGAGAGAAGAAACAGCAUGAAAAAUCUUGGAACUAUGAAUGAGAGAAAGGGCAAACGAAAUGUUUUACCAAGGUUUCCUAAUAAGCCUGACAUUUUAGUGCCUUAUGAGCAGUUAAAUCAGAGGAGGAAGGAACUGGAGGAUUAUCUAAGUAACUUACUCAACAUAGAAAUUUACAGACGUCAUUCUGAAACUAUCAAUUUUUUGGAUAUUUCCCAUUUGACCUUUGUGGCUGACUUAGGGAUGAAAGGGAAAGAAGGUACGAUUUUGAAACGUACCGGAUCAAGCGCUAAAACUAGAUGCAAUUUCCUUGGCCUAUACGAUUGUGGAUUCUGUAUCAAGUGCAAUUAUCUCCGCACGUCUGUUUGUGGCAAAUGGCAAAAGAGGCAUCUCGUUGUUAAGGACACCUUCGUCGCAUAUCUUAAUCCUCAAGAUGGAAGAAUAAAAUCUGUAAUACUGAUGGACAAUGGCUUUGGGGUCAGUCUUGGAGUAUAUACUACGGGUUCACGAAGUGGCUUGCAGAUUGCGAAUCUGAGUAGGCAUAUAGUUAUCAAGUGUUGGACAAAACGAAAAGCUAAGGAAUGGAUGGAGUUUAUACAAGAAGUUAGUAACAAGGAAGGCAAAGAUUUUAUACAAACAAAUCCACAUAACUCAUUCGCACCGUAUCGUCCGUUCGUAUCCGCGACUUGGUUUGUGGACGGAGCCGAUUAUAUGUCUGCCGUGGCCGAUGCAUUGGAAGACGCUAAGGAAGAAAUUUUUAUUGCGGAUUGGUGGCUUUCACCAGAAAUUCACAUGAAAAGACCAAUGACCGAUGGAGAUUAUUGGCGACUGGAUAAAAUUUUGCAAAGAAAAGCUAAACAAGGUGUCAAAAUAUUCGUGCUAAUAUAUAAAGAGAUCGAAGUCGCUUUAGGCAUAAACAGUUACUACAGCAAACAGAAACUUGUGGAACUAUGUUCUGAGAAUAUAAAAGUACUAAGACAUCCAGAUCACGCGAGGGCAGGCGUGCUCCUUUGGGCACAUCACGAAAAAAUCGUAGUCAUCGAUCAAUCUCUCGCAUUUCUCGGUGGCAUUGAUUUAUGCUAUGGCAGGUGGGACACCAAAGAACACAGAUUGACAGAUUUAGAAUCUAUUCAUCAAUCAAGUAUCUACGUUCCUUCAAGGGACAAGCUAACUAAUACCAGCAGUAAAAAAGUGUUAGGCUGCACAGAGAGACAUGUGCUAUUAACAUUAGCAAUAGCAACGAAUACCAUCGCUAUGGCGACCACGAGAUCCAUGCCUUUAUUGCCAAUGAUGGAUGAAAAGACGCAACAGGAUUUAGUAUUGUCAACAUUGUCAGUGGAUAAUUCACUUUUUAUGUUGCAAGAAAAGGGAGAUGGUGUCAAGUGUAACACUCCCGAAUUGCAAAGAAAGAACUUGUUUGAUGUCGCCAAGACGACUGUUGAUAAAAUGAAAACUACCAUGAGAAUGAAGAGCCACGAUUUCAUCAACAUGGUAUACACUUCUUACGAAGCGGACACUGAUGAGAGUACAGAGAACCAACUUUCACCAGACUCUAGAGAUUAUGGCUGCAAUUUAGAACCCACGACAAAAUUGUGGCUUGGUAAAGACUAUACAAAUUUUAUUGUCAAAGACUUUAAUGAUCUCGAGAAGCCGUAUCAGGAUCUGGUAGAUAGAACCAAUACUCCUAGAAUGCCCUGGCACGACAUUGGAGUUUUAGUGCAAAACGCUGCCGCUAGAGACGUGGCUAGGCAUUUCAUACAGCGCUGGAAUGCCACUAAGCUAGAAAAAGCAAAUCAGAAUCCGUGUUAUCCUUACUUACUACCAAAAUCUUAUAAAAAUUGCAAGAGCUACGCUUCGUUCAUCAAAGAAGCAAACAGGCAUAAUGUUAAGUGUCAAGUGUUGCGUUCAGUGAGCUCUUGGUCGGCUGGCUUUCUCGAUUCAGAGACUGUAGAGCGGAGUAUACAGGAAGCUUACAUUCAAGCUAUCAGUGAAGCAGAAAGAUACAUAUAUAUAGAAAAUCAAUUUUUUAUAACGCUUGCCUCCAUGGAGAAGGGUGCUGUGAAGAAUCAAAUCGGUGAGACAUUAUUGAAAAGAAUCCUGAGAGCGCAUAGAGAAGGUGCGGUGUUCAGGGUGUUCGUUGUGAUGCCUCUGCUACCAGGUUUUGAAGGAGAAGUCGGAGGACCAAGUGGAAGACCAUUACAAGCAAUAACUCAUUGGAAUUAUAAUUCUAUAUCGAGGGGAAAGGACGCUAUUCUAAAUCGGCUACUGGAGGCAGGUAUAGAAGAUCCUAGCGAGUACAUCACAUUCCAUGGCUUGAGAACUCAUUCUAUGUUAAAUGGAACGUUGGUAACGGAGCUUAUCUAUGUUCACAGUAAGCUAAUGAUAAUAGAUGACAACACGGUGAUCUGUGGAUCAGCAAACAUAAAUGACAGAAGUAUGGUUGCUACACGAGACAGCGAAAUAGCUGUAAUAAUUCAUGAUCAGGAAUUUGAAGACGGACGAAUGAAUAAUAUACCUUUUCUUUGUGGAAAAUUUGCUUCUUCCUUGAGAAAACAAUUAUUCCGCGAACAUCUAGGGUUACUGAAUACUAAAGAAAACAUUAAUAUCGAUGACGCCAUUAUAAGAUCAUUUUACAAGGACAUAUGGUGCGCUAGAAGUAAGCGAAACACGGAAACAUAUGAGGAAGUAUUUCACUGUAUUCCCACUGACAAAGUAGUUAAUUUCGCUAUAUUAAAACAAUAUCAAGAAAAAGUACCUCUCUCUAUAUCCGACUCACUAUUAGCACAAGAAAUGAUAAAAAGUAUAAAGGGUCAUUUAGUAGACUUGCCAUUAAAUUUCUUAUGCAAUGAAGAUUUAAAACCUGCUCCUAGAACAGUAGAAGGAAUAAUGCCGACUGCGUUGUGGACGUGAGUUUGUACUAUACGAAUGUAUAUUUUUAAAAAUCUAUUGCAAUUAUUGGUCACAAAUUAAUAAGAAUUUUUUACUUAUUACUGUUUUAUAAUUCAAAGUAUGAUGUAAAAGGUGAUUCUUUCGUUUUAUUUUAUAUAGUUUUUAUAUUAA